AUGGUAUACAACUACACAAUACCCAGGGCUCCUGUGGCUGCUAUGUACAGUGGUCCAGGACCCUGUUACCAAGUUCCUGGUCUGGUUGGUUACAGUAAUCAUGAUGGACGUUCCACUCAUGUUCGUGCACCGCAAUACAGCUUUGGGGUCAGGCAUGGAUGUUUUACAGAGGCAUGCGGACCUGGCCCGUGUUAUUAUCCGGAUUCAAAAAUACUGAAUACUGGGAAGUAUAAUCCUCCACAUUUCUCGCUUGCGAGCAGGCACAGAGAACCUGAGAAAGCUUUUUCACCUGGACCGGGAGCUUAUAAACCAGAGCUUGGAGACCAGACCGUAUAUCAACGACAUCCGGCAUAUUCACUUGGCUUACGACACCGACAGGAUCGUGCGGAUGAUUAUCCUGGACCUAACCAGUACAAGGUUGAUCCUAUGCUCGGGAAAACAGUUCGCAGCCAUAAACCUUCAGCUCCAGGCGCUGGAGCCUACCAAAUUCCUAAACUGAAUGUCUAUAAAGAAGCCUCUCCAAACUACUCUAUUGUGGCUAGAAACCAGGCUCCACAAGACAGCACGCAGAAGCCUGGUCCUGGAGCAUAUUCGACGGAGAACAUCAAAAUCCAGCAACAGUUCAGAAACCGGCGAACGAAACUGCACUUGAUACCUUUCGUUGCGUUUGUAAAUACAUCCGGUAUGAAUGGAGGCAUUGCAAGAAUAGCAUUUUCAGUGCACACUAGGUAG